AUGGGUCGCUCGCGUGUACUCUCGUUUAUAUCAGCCCUGGGAGGCCCAAAGAGCAAUGGCUCGGGGAAGGAGAACUCCUUCACCCGAUACCCCGUCACCCCCUCCGAAUUGUCACCGGGUGGUGGCUCAACUCCACGAGGUCAGGGAAUUGGUUCGCGGCCAGCGUCGAUGAUCUUCUCGCGCAAUCCGCCGCUGAUGACCCAUGAGGAUGAUACCCCACCGGAGCUGUCGCCGAUCUUCUCCUUCCUCAAUAUCCACACCAACAAGGUCUACCAGGAAGGUUACUUUUUGAAGUUGAAUGACCAGGACUCCCACGGGCGACCUUGGGCCGAUCGACAGUGGGUGGAAUGCUAUGCGCAGCUCGUCGGAACCGUCCUCUCCCUCUGGGAUGCUGCUGCGCUGGACGCAGCGGGCGGGGAAGAGGUCCCGGCAACGUUUAUCAACCUCGCAGAUGCGUCAAUUAAGAUGAUCGAAACACUGCCAAUCAGGAACGGAGCCGUGCAACCGUUAAAGAACGUCCUUAGUCUAUCGUCCGCAGGGAAAAACCGAUAUUUGCUGCAUUUUAGCUCAUUCCAUUCGAUGACUCAGUGGACUGCGGCGAUUCGCCUCUCGAUGUACGAACAUACCUCUUUGUAUGAAGCGUACACCGGCUCGCUUAUUGCUGCCAAAGGUAAAACCCUCAAUGGCAUCCAGUCCAUUCUGGCUCCUACCAAGUUUAAGUACGAGGAUUGGGCGCGGGUGCGAUUUGGUGCGGGAACGCCCUGGAGGCGAUGCUGGUUCGUGAUUAGCCCGCCAGAUGAGAAGGAACUCCAUAAGGCUCGGAAGUUGAUGAAAAAGUCCGCCUACGACCGUCUUUCGAUUCCAGUCACUGGAUGCAUCAAAUUUUACGAGACCAAGAAGACCAAAAAGGUGCAGCCGAUCGCGACGGUGACCAACGUGUACUCGGCGUAUGCGAUUUACCCUCAGUCCAAGGCACUCAUCGAUCAAUCUACUCUGGUGAAGCUGGAAGGCCGGAUCACUAUACACUCGGGAUCCCAGGCGUCAACGGAAGGAUUUGUGUUCGUCAUGCCAGAGCUGCACGCUGCUGUCUCCGGCUUCGAGAUGAUGCUUCGCUUCCUUUUCCCCACCUUCGAUACCUUCAACCUUUAUGGCCGUCCAACGCGCCUUGUAGCCGACGUGAACCACAUUAAAAGCAUCAUGUUCGCCUUUCCCAAGCAACGUCGCUAUGGGUACUUGGAUAUUUUGGAUAUCACGAAUCUCCUUCAAAAUCCCGGAAGCCAGGAGUGGAGCGAAGCCGAGUGGAGGAAACAGUUGAAGGAUGCGGCGCAACAGCGGAUGAGCACCGGCAGGAGUCGAACCAACAGCGUCAACAGCAGUCGGCCUCGUUACCGUGCCAGCAUCUGCAGUCGCCCUGGCGAGAGCCCCUUGAACGCAUUCCGCCAACCUUUCUCUCCGGAGACCCAACCCGAGUUUAACCGUUCUGCAGAGGCCAUCAUUCAUGAAGUUCCAAAGAAUGAUCCUGUGAUCUAUCAUUCUAGGGGAAUGUCGGACAUCACAGGACUGCAGACGCGCCCCAGGCCCGGCUACGGUUCUAUGGUUGAAAGCUCGCCCGACUCGUCGGCCCAAGAUUUGGUGCAACGUGACCGGACGCAAGCUCUGGCUGCUCCCAUCGCUGAACGUACGAGCUCUGAAAGUGAUCGUAACUCCGGUGUGCCUGCACAACCAUUUGCUCUUGGCGAACAGCUUCCGCCCCGAACGCCGCCUUCUCCCGUCCUCAGCCCACCUGCUUUUGCUCAUGGCCCUCGAGAAAUGCCCACCAACCGCCCUGAAGCGAGCAACGAGCAGAGACGCGCUAACAACCGAAUGUCUCACACAACUCUGAUGCAAUUCCACCAGGUUGGUAAAACAGGUAUGGGAAUGAGCGGUGCUGCAGUUGCAUACCAGGACCACCACCACCCGCAACAGGCCGAACUGAGCAACAAUGAACGACCCCAAAAUCAGGCGCCUUACCAUGCUUCUUACCACGCCUACUCUUCGCAAUCUCUUGAAUCGAGGGGGUCUCCACUUAGGAAUCGAUCUAGUGACGAGGGUAUCGGUCUUGCGUUCCCUGUGCGCCAUGCUCCUACAUCGGAGGCCCUUCCGGACACCCCUAGUUCCGGGGGAACUCCCUCACCUCAGCGAAACCUACAAAUUGAUACUGUCAAGGCAGUCAGGCGUAAACCCCUUCCUCACAAACAGCUCUUUGGGGAGCCACCUUUGUCACCUGAUGGUGGAGAGCCUAGCUUUGACGACCUGCGCCAUACCCUCGAUGAAGAUGCGCUUAGCCGAGUCGCCCCUCACCUUCCAUCUCCUAUUUCCCCAACCCAAAACGAGGAAGAGAGCGUGUAUGGCGAUGCGUCAUCUACCGUAACGCCUGACUACGCCAGCACCCAUGAAUCUGUUUACAGCAAGAAGUCUGCGAAACGGAUGGGUGUCAUGAAGACUGUUGGAGUGCCAGCCAAGCAGGAUCUCGUCAUUGGUGACGCUCACUACUCGACCGACAAGCCAGUCGAGGCCAACCCAGAUAUUCCCACUGUUGAUUUUGGCCCUACCUUGACUUACAUGCCCACCACCGGCCGUCCGAGCACAGGUGAUACCUUGAAAAGAGCGUCACACCAGCGAAACGAAUCUGAUUUCAAGUUGUCAGUUCCAACCAACCCUAUGGAACGUGGUCACAAUCGGUCCCCGAGUCAAGAAGAGCGCCGAAGAAGUGUUCUGUGGCAGCCUGGUAUGGCGAGUGGUCGACCCACCACUCCAGGAGGCGGUCUUACUCCGGAGCAGUUCGUGCAACAGCGAGCCGCACCCAGCCCUCCGGUGCACAUGCACCAGCGUGCCUCAUCAAACAACACCCCACCACCGGUCCGGCCAGUAUCGGGAGACUGGGCGCAACAUGUUCGGCCUAGCUCACGCAUGACCUAUCAAGAUCCCAAUUACCGCCCCUCUUCUCGUGGUACCAACACGAUGCUCACCAACUACAAUGACGUGGGAAACCACCUUUCUGCUCGCGAACGGGAGCACGUCGCACGCAUGACCGGCUCUUCGUUCUUCGACCUGUCGAGUGACAGCAACAAGGCCCAGCCGCAAAUGAACCCCAUGGGUCUCGUAUCGACAAUCGAUGCCCGCGAGCGCGAGAAGCGUGAGAUGAAGGAGGGCAUGUCGAACCAAAUGGUCCAGCAUGCCAUUGCUCAGCGCCAGCAGCAUCAGCAACAGCAUCAGCAGCAAUAUGCGUCUCAGUACGCUGGCUCAGUGUACCCACCCCAGACUAGGGAUGGGAUGUACAAUCUCCCUGGCGCCAGCCAGACCUGGGACGCCCUUCACCAGAUGAACCGCUCCGACGAGCCCCGCCGCAGGUCUUGGUACGGCCAGCUCGCCCAGGCUUCGCAGACACCGCCGAGUUACCAACAGAGCCAGCACUUUGCUCAGCAGGGUGGCUACCCGGCCAACCACAGCACCAUGCAUCCAUAA